CUGGACAGCCAGGAGCAACAGAGCUGCAGUAUUUUGGAUCAGGGGAUAGUCCUCAGGGGCACAGAAAUGACCCUUUUCUCAUUUUCUCACCUACCCGUGGUACGGUGGCAUGAGGCCUUGAGUCUGUGGUGGAGUGUGUGUGGUUCUUCACUGCUCCCUGUUCCCUGGGGGAGCUGCUGCCUUCAGAGGUUGCUGUGCAGCUUGAAAACAGCUCCUUGCAUCCCUUAAUUGGGUAAUUAGGCUCUCAGGAGUUACUGCUGUCCUCUCUCUGCCCUCUCCACUGCUGAGCCUGCCUUUAAAGUGACUCUUCCAUUGCUGUUCAGAGCUGUCUCUGCUGAUCUGGUAAUGCAAGGUGGAUCUUGACCUUGUGCAAGGUUCUGGUCUGUGUCCUCUGGAUUCAUUUGCAGCCACUAAAAUGGCAUGUGGGCAAGAUAACCUGCUGGCUUUUCAUCCCUUUGGGGAAUGGUGCAACUUGCAGCCAAAAGAUGCUGCCAAGAUGCCCGAGAGUGCCUGGAAGCUGCUUUUCUACACGUUGUCCUGGUCAUAUGGCACCUACCUGCUCUUCUUCACUAACUACCCCUUCUUCUAUGACCCACCCUCUGUGUUUUAUGACUGGCAGAAGGGCAUGGAGGUGCCCACAGACAUUGCCAUUGCCUACCUGCUGCAGUGCAGCUUCUACGGACACUCCAUCUACGCCACCGCCUACAUGGACACGUGGCGCAAGGACUCGGUGGUGAUGCUGCUGCACCAUGUGGUCACCCUCACCCUCAUCUCCUUCUCCUACGCCUUCAGGUACCACAACGUGGGCAUCCUGGUGCUGUUCCUGCACGACGGCAGCGACGUGCAGCUGGAGUUCACCAAGCUCAACGUCUACUUCAAGCACCGGGGAGGGGUCUAUCACCGCCUCAACGACGUCAUCUCCAACAUCGGCUGCCUCACCUUCAGCAUCAGCUGGUUCUGGUUCCGUCUCUACUGGUUCCCCCUCAAGGUGCUCUAUGCCACUUGCCACUCCAGCCUCCAGUCAGUCCCUAACAUCCCCUUCUACUUCUUCUUCAAUGCUCUGCUCCUUGUCCUCACUCUGAUGAACAUCUACUGGUUUCUGUACAUCGUCCUGUUUGUGGCCAAGGUGCUGAUGGGGCAGAUGCAGGAGGUGAACGACGUGCGUGAGUACGACGUGGAGGAGAGCAGGAAAACCACCCAGAGAGAGGCUGGACUGCAGCUGCCCAGGGCUCUGAAAGAAGGGCUGCACCUGAAGAAUGGACUUGUAAAAGACAAGCGGGUGUGAGGCAGCCCGGCUGGAUCUGGGGCCUGGCCCAGGACCUGAUGCUCAAAGCCAGCAGGGGAAGGCACAAGGAGAAAGGACUUUAUCCCUGAGACCCCUCCACCCCCUGCCUGGAGCUGGGGAAGAGAUGCCACUGACAGGAUCGGGCCCCUCCUGGGCCUUGCCUGUGACCAGGCUGAUGCUGAUGUGCUUUCUGUAGCCAGUCUGUGCUGGUUCAGCUGAGGGGCUGGUGGCUUUGAGGUCCAGGUAGGAUUUGGAGCUGGCUUUAGGUCCCCUGGUGUUUCUUCUGUCUCCCCAUCCCUCAGUAUUCUCUGUCCCUUCGUGAUUCCCUGUUGUUGGACCCUCCUGCUGACCCUUCCUCAGCAGCUCUGGAGGGUUCCUGACCCAGCAUCAAACCAGGAAGUGUCCUCUCCUGCAUCACCCCCAAGGCAGGGGAAGCCCAAAGCCAGCUCUUCUCCAGCAGGGACUCCAGAGGUGAUGCUGCCACCUCUGAGCCUUCCUCCUCAGGAGGGGACACCAGAGCUGCCCACGUGUGUCUGGAGGCUCAGCACAGUUCCCCUGAGCAGGUCUGCCUGGAAACCCAGCCCUGGAGCAUUAUUCCAGCCUCCUGUCCUGCCAGAUGAGGGCCAGGAGAUUUAAUUAAUGUUAAAAAAGCCUGUUGAAGUCUUACUGUUGCUUAAAAAGCCAGUCCCAGCCCUGCAGGUCCCCUGCUGAGGGGUCUCUGUGCUCCCCCCCAGCAAUGUCCACGUGCUCAAGUGAAGAACAGACAGUUCCUGCUCCCCGGGGUGGUUUUCCAGGCAGCCCCAGGCUGGGCUGGGGGUCCCUGCUGGGAAACCCUCUGGAUUUUACAGCUCCCCAGACCAGACUGUCCCUCUGAUGGGUCCAGGACCCCCAGCUCCUCUGUCCUCCCUGGGAGUCCCUUCCCAGCCAGGGACAACAGGCAGUGGAGGGGGAUCCAGGGCAUUAAUUCCAGGCAUCAGAGGGUGGUUAAUUGUGUUGUGCUUUGUUUUGUUUUUUCCUUGUCUGCUCUGUUGUCCUGAUUCAGCUCCAGGCUGGUUGUGGGAGCCCCAGGGAAAAUCCCUGUCAGCAGAAAGCAAAAUGUGACUUGGGGUGCUGGGAGCUGUCCUGUCCCCUCAGGGGGCAGCAGCUCAGCCCUUUGGUUCCUUGGCUUUCAAGCAGGAUUUGCAGGAAGGAGGAAAUGGAGGGAACAUCCCAGGGUCUCUCUGCUCCCUCAUGGCAGAGCUGGGGCAGCACCAGUGCCCAGCUGGGGGUAAACUGGAUUGUAUAGUAUGGGCUGGUCCAGGUUUCAGUGUUCAGGUGGGUCAGCUUGGCCAGCACGGGUCUUGGAGCAACCUGGGCUGGUGGGAGGUGUCCCUGCCCAUGCAGGGGGUUGGGACUGGAUGGUCUUUAAGGUCCUUCCAACCCAAACCAGUCUGGGAUGGUGUGUGUGACACUGGGCUGCCCGUGGGUUUGUGGUGAUGGUGAGAAAGGGGCUGUGCCAGUGAGGGGGGGACAUGGGGCUCCCUCUGCCUGGCCAGGGCAGGGACCCUGUGCUGGUGGCUUGUGGGGCUGGUGGCUUGUGGGGCUGGUGGCUUGUGGGGCUGGUGGCUUGUGGGGCUGGUGGCUUGUGGGGCUGGCCCUGGGGCUGCGUGUCCUGUGGGCAGGGCAACUUGUGCUGCUGAAGG